AGCCCAUUAGGUUGCUGCCUCACCUUAACUUACUCUCUUCUUCUUGCCGCCAUUGUUGCUGAGGCCGCCACACCAUCUCCAAACACCGAUAAAGAGUAAGCCAUGGUUCAGUACAAUUUCAAGAAGAUUACUGUUGUCCCCACGGGGAAGGAGUUCAUCGAUAUUAUUCUUUCUCGUACACAACGCCGAACCCCAACCCAAGUGCACAAGGGAUAUGCCAUUUCGCGUCUUCGGCAGUUUUAUAUGCGCAAGGUGAAGUUCACCCAGCAGAAUUUUCACGAAAAGCUGUCAACAAUUAUCGAUGAUUUCCCCCGGCUGAAUGACAUCCACCCUUUCUAUGGUGAUUUGCUGCAUGUUCUUUAUAACAAAGACCAUUACAAGCUUGCUCUGGGCCAAAUUAAUACUGCAAGGAACCUGAUUGGAAAGAUUGCCAAGGACUAUGUCAGGCUAUUGAAGUAUGGGGAUUCUCUCUAUCGCUGUAAGUCUCUGAAGGUUGCUGCCCUUGGGCGUAUGUGUACUGUUAUCAAAAGGGUUACCCCUAGUUUAGCUUAUCUCGAGCAGAUAAGACAGCACAUGGCUAGGUUGCCUUCUAUUGAUCCGAAUACUAGAACUGUGCUGAUCUGUGGGUACCCCAAUGUUGGAAAGAGUUCAUUCAUGAACAAGAUCACGAGAGCCGAAGUUGAUGUACAACCAUAUGCUUUCACCACAAAGUCAUUGUUUGUUGGUCAUACAGACUACAAAUAUCUGAGGUAUCAAGUGAUUGACACUCCUGGGAUUUUGGAUCGUCCGUUUGAAGAUCGGAAUAUCAUUGAGAUGUGCAGCAUUACAGCUCUUGCACAUCUUAGAGCAGCUGUGCUGUUUUUCCUUGAUAUCUCUGGUUCUUGUGGAUAUAGCAUUGCUCAGCAGGCUGCUCUUUUCGAUAGCAUCAAGUCUUUGUUCAUGAACAAACCCCUGAUUAUCGUCUGCAACAAGACUGACUUGCAGGCAUUGGAAGGGCUUUCUGAGGAUGAUAUGAAACUGGUCAUGGAGAUGAAGUCGGAAGCUAUGAAAACUCUAGUAGGCCAAGGGGGUGAGGCAACUGAUGGCAGUAAUGUACUCUUGACUAUGAGUACUUUGACUGAGGAAGGAGUAAUAGCUGUAAAGAAUGCUGCUUGCGAGAGGCUAUUGGAUCAACGGGUGGAACAGAAAAUGAAGUCCAAAAAGCUGAAUGACUGUCUGAACCGAUUCCAUGUUGCCAUGCCUAAGCCGCGUGAUCAGAAGGAAAGGCCUGCUUGUAUUCCCCAGGCUGUUUUGGAAGCCAAAGCUAAGCAAGCUGAGGUUGAUGCUGAGAAGGAGGAGAGGAAGCUGGAGAGAGAUCUUGAAAAUGAGAAUGGAGGUGCUGGUGUGUACUCUGCUAGCUUGAAAAAGCGCUAUAUUCUUGCGCAUGAUGAAUGGAAAGAGGACAUCAUCCCAGAGAUUCUUGAUGGGCACAAUGUGGCGGACUUCCUCGACCCGGAUAUAUUAAUGAGACUUGAGGAGUUGGAGCGAGAAGAAGGUGUCCUCCAAGGACUGGAGGAAGAUGAUGAUUUUGAGAUGGACGGGGCUGAGCUGACCCCUGAAGAACAGGCUGCACUUACAGAGAUCAGGAAGAAGAAGAGUUUACUUAUCCAACAGCAUAGAAUUAAAAAGAGUACUGCCGAGAGCCGACCAACUGUUCCCAGAAAAUUCGAUAAAGAUAAAAAGUUCACAUCUGAAAGAAUGGGGAGACAGCUAUCUUCCCUUGGACUUGAUCCAUCGAUGGCUAUUGACCGAGCUCGCAGCAAAUCUAGGGGCCGCAAGAGGGAGAGGUCCACUGAUGGAGUAGAGUCUAUGGAUGUUGAUGGUGAUAAACAAAACAAGAAAAUGCGGUUGAAGUCAAGAUCUAUGUCUAGGUCAAGGUCUAUGUCCAGACCACCGGGUGAAGUUGUACCAGGGGAGGGCUUUAAAGAUUCUGCUCAGAAAAAGAAGGCUAUUAAGAUUGCUAAAAGUUCAAGCAAAAACAGGAACAAGGAGGCUCGUAGAGGAGAAGCAGACAGAGUCAUACCAACUCUCAAACCUAAACAUUUGUUUUCCGGCAAAAGAUCAACUGGCAAAACAGACAGACGCUAGUAAAAUCAAGAUCAUCUUUGCUGCUGUAUGGUGCUGCUGUGGGACUCAAGUUGUGGUGGCUAGUGUUUCAGUCUAGAUGUUUGUUUUGGUUUAACCCCAUAUGUUGGAACAUGUUUUAUUUUACUCAAUUUUGGCCCGAAGUGUUUUAUUGUUCAUGGAUGCAUUUUGAUAACUCUUGUUAUAGUAAAAGCAUAUGAAUUUUGUUUGUUUGUUA